AUGUCACUUUUAUAUAUUGAUAGUCCUAACAUUAAAGGUAUGCCGAUAAUCCAUAUUUAAAGUGUUCCAUCAAACGAAUAAGAUUCAGUAACCAUAGCAAGUGAACUCAUAGCUGUCCCCCAAAAUAGCAAUGAAUACUCUGAAAUAAUUAAUUUACUUACCUAAUUAAAAUUAAGAAUUUACAAUAUGGUAUAUUUCUAAACAACUUACAUUUAGACUGUAAACUUGUAUACAGAGAGGAUUAGUGAAAAAAAGAAGAAAGUAUCCAAUUAGCAUUGUUCCAAUCAAGAUAAUUUAAUAGUUUUACUGUUGCAGAGUGUUAAAUAGAAUUAUGAGUACUGUUUUGAAUGA